CCGCCGGGGCCGCUGCGGGCGGCGGCAUGCGGGACUACGACGAGGCGACGGCGUUCCUGGGCCAGUGGGGGCGCUUCCAGCGCCUCGUCUUCUUCCUGCUGAGCGCCAGCAUCAUCCCCAACGGCUUCAACGGGAUGUCCGUGGUGUUCCUGGCGGGGACCCCCGAGCACCGCUGCCGGGUGCCGGCCGCCGCCAACCUGAGCGCCGCGUGGCGCAACCACAGCGCCCCGCUGCAGCUGCGGGACGGCCGCUGGGUGCCCCACGCCUGCCGCCGCUACCGGCUCGCGGCGCUCGCCAACUUCUCGGCGCUCGGGCUGGAGCCCGGCCGCGACGUGGCCCUGGAGCGGCUGCCGCUCGAGGGCUGCCUGGACGGCUGGGACUUCAGCCGCGACGUCUACCUCGACACCAUCGUCACCGAGUGGAAUCUCGUGUGUGAGGAGAACUGGAAGACGCCCCUGACCACCUCUCUGUUCUUCGUGGGCGUGCUCCUUGGCUCCUUCGUGUCUGGGCAGCUAUCAGACAGGUUUGGCAGGAAGAAUGUUCUCUUUGCAACCAUGGCUGUGCAGACUGGCUUCAGCUUCCUGCAGAUUUUCUCUGUCAACUGGGAGAUGUUCACAGUGCUGUUUGUCAUUGUUGGCAUGGGACAGAUCUCCAACUACGUGGUGGCCUUCAUCCUCGGAACAGAAAUUCUUGGCAAGUCAGUUCGUAUUAUAUUCUCCACGUUAGGAGUGUGCACAUUUUUUGCAGUUGGCUACAUGCUGCUGCCCCUGUUUGCUUACUUCAUCAGAGACUGGCGGAUGCUGCUGCUGGCGCUGACGGUGCCGGGGUUGCUGUGCGUCCCACUGUGGUGGUUUAUUCCUGAAUCUCCCCGGUGGCUGAUAUCCCAGAGACGAUUUACAGAGGCUGAAGUUAUCAUUAAAAAAGCUGCAAAAAUGAACAAACUAACUUAUCCAGAGGUGAUUUUCCAUCCCAAUGAGCUACAAGAACUAACACCACUGAAGCAGCAGAAAGUUUACAUUGCGGAGCUGUUCAGGAAUCGGAAUAUUGCCACAAUAACUGUAAUGUCAGUGCUACUGUGGAUGCUCACCUCUGUGGGUUAUUUUGCUCUGUCUCUUAAUUCUCCUAAUUUACAUGGAGAUCCCUAUCUGAACUGUUUCCUCUCGGGCUUGAUUGAAGUUCCAGCAUACUUUACAGCCUGGCUGUUACUGCGAACCCUGCCAAGGCGGUAUAUCAUAGCGGGAGUGCUAUUCUUGGGAGGCGGAGUGCUUCUGUUUCUUCAACUGGUGCCUGAAGGGUACAAGAACUUAUCCAUUGGUCUGGUGAUGUUAGGGAAAUUUGGAAUUACCUCCGCUUUCUCCAUGCUGUAUGUCUUCACUGCAGAGCUCUAUCCAACCCUGGUCAGGAACAUGGCAGUGGGGGUCACCUCCAUGGCCUCCAGAGUAGGCAGCAUCAUUGCCCCCUACUUUGUUUACCUUGGGGAUUACAACAGAAUCCUGCCCUACAUUCUCAUGGGUAGUCUGACUGUCCUGAUUGGAAUCAUCACUCUUUUUUUCCCUGAAAGUUAUGGAAUGGCUCUACCUGAGACCUUGGAACAGAUGCAGAAAGUGAAAGGGUUCAGAUCUGGGAAAAAGCCAAGGCAUUCAAUGAAGAAAGAGGAAAACUCCAAAGUUGUAAUAACUUCAUUCUAAUAAAAAAAAAAGUUCCUGUGCUGUGGACAGCUUCUAAUAAAAAAGUUUCUUCCCAUUUGGUGACCUGGGAGACAAAUGCAGGAGACUCUGAAGAAAUCCAAGUUCUUUCCAACAAUGGACACUAACAUGGACCUUGCUGUUGAGAAGUGUUGUCAUACAGCAAACUCUGGACAGCCCUUCCAGAUCACCUCCUGAUUUUUAAAAGCUAAAUGUUUGAGCGAGUUCUUAUUACUAAUUAAUAAUUGAUGAGAUGAGUUUGUAAGACCUCUUUUUGAAAAUGUAUGUUGGAUGGUAAAUUUAUAUCAAGGUUAACACUCAUUUCCAAUCAUGCAAAUGCUAUCCAAAUAAAAAAGAAUGUUAUUGUAUUAACA